AUGAGUGAUAUUGACAUAACAUCAUUCUUGAGUGAGUUGGAUACACUCGAGAGUAAGGAGUCCAAUGCAACUCCAUCAGACAACACAUUCUACUUUAGUUCAGCUCACAAUGUCAGAGCAUUGAUCACAACUUCCACCACCUUGUUACCCGAGUUGUCAUUACAACAAUGUGUUAAAGGCACUCCCUUCAACAUAUCAUCAAAUAUACCCACUCAAUCAGUCUUUGCUCAAGUACCAGACUUGUUUGAUGAGCUUAGGGAACAGCAUACAACACUUCGUCUGAAUGAGGAUGUGAAGAAUGAGCAGAGAAGUUGGCCACGCUUCCUCGAUACAAACUCUCUACCAUUUCGCUCAUUGAUAGUAGUUGAGCAAUCAUCUCCAACUGCAGACAUUGAGUUGGGCGUCGAUCAAGUCAAUCAUCAACUGUCAAUGACUGAAUACAAGGAGGUGCCAAUCAACAGUAGAUUGAAUGCAUCCAAUUCGACAUCACUGUUGCGAGCUUGGAAUGAGAAGGCGGCAGACUUUCACCGAGGUGAUGCACAGGCUUUCCCAUUCUUGCCUGGUGGCAUUGAGGCCAAGCCAUCCUCUGCCAUUCACACACAGACCAUUGGAGAGAAGAUCGAUUGGGUAUCAUUCUGGAGUGCUCCAGCCACUCUGCUCACCAAGGCACCAGGUCUAUCACGAGGACUACCAACCAUAGAUGAUCAAUCAAUGAGACAAUCGACUGAGCACUCAUACUUCGAUCAAGAGGAGGAAGAAGAAGAGGAAGAGGAGAUUGAGGAGGAAGAUGAUGAAGAUGAGGAAGAGGAUGUCGAUGCGGAAGAGGAGGAGGAGGCAGCCGUUACAGUGGCACCCACUUUGACUACAUCAAGCGACCUUAGCGAGGUCGAGAAGUUGAUUGACACGACGACUCCAGCUACAUCAGCGACACAGACAGAGGCCGCAUCAGCGACAACUGCCGCCACAUCUGGCGACCGCCCACCCGAGAAGAAGGUGUGGGCAUUCAAUGAUACAAAGGAGAUCACAACACCAUUCGCCGAGCUCAUAAGCAACCCAGCCAUUGUAUAUCCAUUCGAGUUGGACAGCUUCCAGAAGCAGGCCAUCUAUCACAUGGAGAAGGGCGAGAGUGUGUUUAUCAGUGCCCACACGUCUGCUGGAAAGACAGUAAUUGCCGAGUACGCCAUUGCCAUGGCCGCCAAGAACAUGACGCGUGCUAUCUACACGUCGCCAAUCAAGGCUCUGUCCAACCAGAAGUUCCGCGACUUCAAAAACACAUUCAACAACGUCGGAUUGAUCACGGGAGAUGUCUCGGUCAACCCGACCGCCUCGUGUCUCGUGCUCACCACCGAGAUUCUGCGCUCGAUGCUCUAUAAGGGCGCCGACCUGAUCCGUGACAUUGAGUGGGUGAUCUUUGACGAGGUCCACUACCUCAACGACUUGGAGCGUGGCGUCGUCUGGGAGGAGGUGAUCAUCAUGCUGCCAGCACACAUCAAGAUCGUGCUGCUGUCGGCUACCGUGUCCAACCCGCUCGAGUUUGCCGACUGGAUUGGCAGGACCAAGAAGAUGCCCAUCUAUGUCAUUGGCACGACCAAGCGUCCCGUGCCCCUCGAGCACUUUAUCAACACUCCCUCCAACGAGAUGUUCAAGAUCGUCGACAGUUCGCGAAGAUUCCUCAUGGAUGGCUACAACGCUGCGUACGCAUCAAUGAACAAAGAGUCUUCGUCAUCUGGUGGACGUGGCGGACGUGGUGGCGCAGGUGCUCGCGGAGGACGUGGUGGAGGCGGCGGUGGCGGUGGUGGCAGGAGUGGCGGCGGCGGCAACAGCAACAAAUCAUCGAAUUGGACGCGACUCAUCACAACAUUGAAUGAGAAGAACCAGCUACCAGUGAUCGUGUUCUCAUUCAGCAAGGCCAAGUGUCAAGAGUAUGCGUUUGGCUUGGGCGACAAGGUGGUGCUGACAAAUAACACAGAGAGGAGCAUCAUCAAGGUAUUCAUUCAGGAGUCACUGUCGCGUCUGAGUGCAGACGACCGCGAGCUGCCACAGAUCCUGCAAAUCCGAGACUUCCUCGAGCGCGGCAUUGGUGUGCACCAUGGCGGCCUUCUGCCCAUCGUCAAGGAGCUGGUCGAGAUCCUCUUCUCCAAGUCGCUGGUCAAGGUGCUGUUUGCCACAGAGACCUUUGCCAUGGGUGUGAACAUGCCCGCCAAGACCGUGGUGUACAGCCAUACACGCAAGCACGACGGCCUGAGCUUCCGUGAGCUUCUGCCCGGUGAGUACACCCAGAUGUCUGGUCGUGCGGGUCGUCGUGGCCUGGACUCGGUGGGCACUGUGCUGCUGGCCUGCUGGAAGGAGCUGCCUGAGUCAUCGACGCUCGAGUCCAUGAUCCUAGGCGUGCCAUCCAAGUUGAACAGUCAGUUCCGUCUCACGUACAACAUGAUCCUGAACCUGCUGCGAGUGCAAGACUUCAAGGUGGAGGAUAUGAUCAAGAGAUCAUUCUCUGAGUUCUCCUCGCAGAAGGACCUGCCCGAGAUCCGCCAAGAGAUUGAGAAGAUCAAGAAGCAAUACGACGAGGUGCCAGAGGUCGAGUGCAUCCUGGGCGAGCCAGAUAUUGAGAACUACUAUCAACUGUUCUGCGAAAGCAAGUCCAAGAACCAGGCAGUGCAGAAGGCCAUCCUGUCGGUGCAGUCGGACAACCACUUCCAGGCGGGUCGAGUCGUCAUCCUCUGUGAGAGCGAUGACAUGAAGUACCACAACUACACCAUUGGUGUCAUACUGCAGUGCAACACGACAAGUACCAAGAACUACAUCAACACGACAGUGGCGCGAUCAUUCUCAAUCUUUGCCUUGCGACUCAAGGGCGCUGAUGAAGGCCGCAACGUCACAUGCGACGGCCACUACAUAUAUAUUAGCGCCAAUGGACUGGACAUUAGGCGCGUGUGUCAAGAGCGCAUCAAGAUUGACGUGCGCGCCAUCGAGACCGACGACAAGGCAUCGUGCAGUGUCUUGGAACAGCAGUUGCUCCGUCUGCUUGAGCAGCACCCCCUUCCUCUGGGCCCACCCGCACUCGAUCCCAUCGGCAAGAUGAAGCUCAAGAACGUGGAGUUUGUCGAGACGUACCGCGGCCUUGAGAAGAUAGAGGAGCUAAUCCCUCAGUCCAAGUGCCACAAGUGUCCCAAGCUGGCGGAACACUACAACCUUACCGAGCGUCGCACUCAGCUCAAGCAGCAGCUGUCACAACAUACCUUCUCCACAUCGGAUGAGAAUCUGCGUCUGAUGCCCGAGUUCCAGACGCGCCUCAAGAUCCUCCAGACCCUGGGCUACAUCGACCAGGACAACAACGUUCUGGUCAAGGGCAAGGUGUCGCGAGAGAUCAACACAUGCGAGGAGCUGAUCAUCCCCGAGCUGAUCUUUGAGAACGCCUUCCUCAACCUCGACCCGGCCGAGAUCGUCGCCGUGCUCUCCACGCUGAUCUUCCAGGAGAAGGAUGCCAAGGAGCCGUCGCUCACGCCUCGUCUGCUCGAGGCCAAGCGCAACCUGCAGGAGCUGACCAACCGACUCACGCUCAUCCAAUUGGAGCACCAUCUGGACGUGCCGUCGCAGGACGAUGAGCGAUCACGUCUGCUCAACUUUGGACUGAUGGAGGUGUGCUAUGAGUGGGCGCGAGGCAUGCCCUUCCACGAGAUCUGCCAGCUGACCAAUGUGUUGGAGGGAUCAAUCGUGCGUGCCAUCACAAGAAUUGGAGAGACAUGUCAAGAAGUCAGGAAUUCAGCCAGGAUCAUUGGAGACACCAAACUAUUCCAAAAGAUGGAGGAGGCAGCCAAACUGAUCAAACGUGAUAUCGUAUUCGCUUCAUCACUUUACAUUGUUUGA